AUUAGAAGGCUCCUCCUUCGCGGGAUGCCCCCGUAGCCCCUCGGAGAAGAGGCAGACCACGGAAGACCCGCGAUGAGGAUAAAGAAACUCCUGUCGCCGCCGCAACCUCCCUCAAAAGGAGAUAUCCUAGAGAAUGGGACCAGGAUAAAGGAACUCCUGCCGCCGCUGCAACCUCCCUCAAAAGGAGAUAUCCCAGAGAAUGGGACGAGGUGCCCGUUGAGAACAUAGCUGAGAAGAAAAAAGAGGG